CAAAAGAGCCCAGGAUAUUGCAGAGCGCACUGGAGCCCUGGCCAGCGCGCCGCCUGCCCCCGCGCCGCCGGCAAGCUGGGUCUUGGGAAUUCGGCUUUGCUUUGGCGCCUUCGCCCUUACAAACCACUGGAUCUUACAUGCCUCUGGGCCCCCCCUACUUCCACUCCAUGUCCCCAUGCUCCUGCGCCAGCAACAGGACCUGCUCUCUGGAUGUCAGCUGAGUUACUAAGGUUUUUGCAAAAACUCAGACUGUUUUCCAAAGCAGAAGCACUGGAGUCCACAGCAGAAGCGAUGGGCAGUGUGCGGACCAACCGCUACAGCAUUGUGUCUUCGGAAGAAGACGGCAUGAAGCUGGCCACCAUGGCGGUUGCAAAUGGCUUUGGGAACGGGAAGAGCAAGGUCCACACCCGGCAGCAGUGCAGGAGCCGCUUCGUGAAGAAGGACGGGCACUGCAACGUUCAGUUCAUCAACGUGGGGGAGAAGGGACAACGGUACCUCGCGGACAUCUUCACCACGUGCGUGGACAUCCGCUGGCGGUGGAUGCUGGUUAUCUUCUGCCUGGCCUUCGUGCUCUCGUGGCUGUUUUUCGGCUGCGUGUUUUGGUUGAUAGCUCUGCUCCAUGGGGAUCUGGAUGCAACGAAGGAGAGCAAAGCUUGUGUGUCGGAGGUGAAGAGUUUCACGGCCGCCUUCCUCUUCUCCAUUGAGACCCAGACCACCAUAGGCUAUGGUUUCCGGUGCGUCACCGACGAGUGCCCGAUCGCUGUGUUCAUGGUGGUAUUCCAGUCCAUCGUGGGCUGCAUCAUCGAUGCCUUUAUCAUUGGCGCAGUCAUGGCCAAGAUGGCCAAACCCAAGAAGAGAAACGAGACUCUUGUCUUCAGUCACAACGCCGUGAUCGCCAUGAGAGAUGGGAAGCUGUGUCUGAUGUGGCGAGUGGGCAAUCUUCGGAAGAGCCACCUGGUGGAGGCUCAUGUUCGAGCCCAGCUCCUCAAAUCCAGAAUUACUUCGGAAGGGGAGUACAUCCCCCUGGAUCAAAUAGAUAUCAACGUUGGGUUUGACAGUGGGAUUGACCGUAUAUUCCUGGUGUCCCCGAUCACCAUAGUCCAUGAAAUUGAUGAAGACAGUCCUUUCUAUGACUUGAGUAAGCAGGACAUUGACAAUGCAGACUUUGAGAUUGUCGUGAUCCUGGAAGGCAUGGUGGAGGCCACGGCCAUGACCACCCAGUGCCGGAGCUCGUAUCUGGCCAACGAAAUCCUCUGGGGCCACCGCUAUGAGCCUGUCCUCUUUGAGGAAAAACAUUACUACAAAGUGGACUAUUCAAGGUUCCACAAGACUUACGAAGUACCCAACACACCCCUUUGCAGCGCCAGAGACUUAGCAGAAAAGAAAUAUAUCCUCUCCAAUGCAAAUUCAUUUUGCUAUGAAAAUGAAGUUGCCCUCACGAGCAAAGAGGAAGAUGACAGUGACAAUGGUGUUCCAGAAAGCACGAGUACGGACACACCCCCUGACCUAGACCUUCACAACCAGGCAAGCGUACCUCUAGAGCCCAGGCCCUUACGGCGAGAAUCAGAGAUAUGACUGACCGAUUCCUUCUCCGGAAUAGUUAUGUUCAAACACAGUCUGUUGGUCAAAGGCCCCAAACAGUGAUUCAGACAACAGUACUGGCGAAGAGGUGGGUCAAGGCAAGUGGCCACCAGAGACUGAGGCUAGCCUGAUGGUUCCAGAGGCAGACUCUCAGCUCAGAGAUGGACGGAACACACUCAACACGCCUCCCCGUGACCCGACGGCACAGAGACAUGUUGUAGAAUAAGUUAUGGGGUGUUUCUGUGUUGUGUUUUUAUAAGACUUGAACUUGCAGGCAAGCCUUGGUUGGGUAUUUGACUUAUCCAGAAUGCUUCUCUUUAGGGAACAAGAAUGUUUUUAAUGGCAUAACAAAGGCAAGACUCUCUGCCUUAAUCUCGAAAAGCUGCUAACUACAUGAACACAAAUUGUAUUUUUGUUGCAGUGUAGUUUUUCUAUAGUGUAAUUUAAAAGUCAGUAUUGAACUUGGUUGAAAGCUCAUGAUAUGCGCUUCAAAGUGCCAAAACAAGAGCCUGAUUUUUUGAGGCCAGUAAUUUGUUUGCUAGAAUUGAUUUUUUUUUCUCUCUCUCUCUCUCCUCUGGUUACAUAAGGGCAUUAUGUAACGCUAGCCAAAUGGUAGCCCCCGGGUUGGUAUUUUAUUUUUUUUCUUCAUGAUGUUAAUGGGUUAUCUCAAAUUUUAAGUCCGACUACCUAAAAUGAAUACCAAAGAUAAUGCACAUUUUUGCACAGUGGAGCUUAUACUAAAAAGGAAGGGAAGCUCCAGAGCUGCCUUGAAAUCAACGGACAAUGACUUUGAACCUCAGCGAGAACUUGAACUGCCCUCUAGAAAAAUAGGACAUCGUACACAUAGAGUCUAGGGAGUGUAGUGCUUUUAAAAUGUUGUUCUUUUGUGUGAGUUUUGUAUUAAAGGAAGAAGAAGAAAAGGAAAGGGAAGUUCUCACAUAGGACACACACACACACACACACACACGGACACACACACUAAACAUCUUUUCUCUCCUGUGAGGUAGUGCUGGCCAGGCUAAUGCAUAAGGUGAGAGAUGGUGCCAUGCUCUGAGGCUGCUCCAGGUUUCCCCUGUUUGCACAUUCCAAGAUUGAUUCCAUAAAAUAAGACCUUGGUUGAAGGUAGUAGGCAUUCUCAAAACUGAGCCGCCCAACAUGGAAGGCCAAUUAAAUUAAACCCUUGCGGUUAAAUUCCCCUCCCUGACUCCCAGGAUGGUUCCAGAUGGGCUUUGCCCCACCAGCAGCCCCCUGCAUGGUCCCUCCUGACCAGUCUGUGUGGAGUGAGUCCCGCAGCAUCUGAGAGGGCUGCGAAGGCCGAGGCCAACGUGUGGAUGAGCCUCUGCGGAUGUAGCACAUCAGCUCAAGUAUCCAAGAGGGAGCGGAACAUGGCUUUAUAUUAACGGUAGAGGGUAGGGAUGAAAAUGUUUCAGUAUUUUAGGGCCACCAAGAGCCAUACAAAAUAGAACAUGGUCACAAGCAAGGGAGAUAAUUGUCUAAAGCAGUGGUUCUCAACCUUCUGGCCCUUUAAAUACAGUUCCUCAUGUUGUGACCCAACCAUAAAAUUAUUUUCAUUGCUACUUCAUAACUGUAAUGUUGCUACUGUUAUGAAUUGUAAUGUAAAUAUCUGAUAUGCAGGAUGGUCUUAGGCGACCCCUGUGAAAGGGUCGUUCGACCGCCAAAGGGGUCACGACCCACAGGUUGAGAACCACACUCAUGCUUGAGUGUGAGCUGAUUCUUGUUCCCGGUGGAACUGUAGGACACAUGGUUUCCCAGAAGCCUCUCCUGCCUGGCUGCCUGACUUGCUACCCACAAUCCCCCCUCACUCUAGCUAAGUAAUGGAACUCUUUUUAUUUUUUGUCUGAAGUACCCUGUCUGUGAAUUCUGGGGUUACUGACUUUUCUUUUUAAUUGGAGUCUCAAAACCAACUCUCUUAUGGUGUUAUAUCCCUGUAUGCCAUUAAAAAGAAGCUUGUUCUAGAAUCCUGUAUUUGUGAAUUGAUGUUUGUGACAGUCUGUGGGUUUUGAGCAGCCAUAUCUGAAUGCAGUGCCUGCAAUGAGGUCACCAGACCUGCUGUUGUCAGCCUUCAGAGUCCUUGGGUUUGAAAACGGUGGUGUUAUUUUCAUGGGAACCGAGAGAGAAGUGGAUGCUGUUUUGAAAUCCAAAUUGAAAGGCAGGUUUGGGAAGUUGACUAGAGAGUUGGAGGAACUGGGACUGCGUGGACAAGAGAAUCAACCAAAGAGGCAACCGUUUGGCCGUGGACAGAGAGGGUACCGAGGGCUUCCGCUGCUGCUAUUUUGAUAUUUUUGCAAAGGAAAAUAAUCAAACCAAAGAGUAUUCAGUCAUAUGUACAUUAAAUGAAGAUACAGUGGAGAGUGGGGCUGACCUCCGAGAAGGUUCCCCCCCAACACACAGAGCUGCCACUUAAAGAAAGACUUAAGGUAUUUGCAAAGAGGGUGGGCAAGGGGGCAGGAACGAGGGAGGGACAUCUUUCAACUUCUUUCUGAAAUAGAGAAAAAAAAAAUAACAUUUCUGGUGCACAGGUUUGUUUGUUGUUUGUUUUUUUCAAGAAAAUUUUGCAGAAGCUAUGUUUUUAAAAGUGUACAUUUUAUAAAGUUUAUCAGAUAUUUUCAUAUUUAAAGCCAAAUGUAAAUAGAAGUCUGUAAAGGGAAAAAUAUUGCCAUAGAAAGUCUGAUUUCAGUGCAGCAAUUUCUGAGAGCUAGUACCUAUAUGCUACCGGUUAGCAUGGUUUUAGCAAGUAUCUACCAGCCUUAUAAGGUUUGUAUUGCUACGUUCUUCGGUUAUUUAUUUCAGCAUGGGCUGCCCAUUUGAAAGCUUUUUUCUAGUUAUUAGUAUUUUAACAGUUACAAGCUUUAAGUGGCAUUUUAUUUUAUUGUAUUUUAUUUUAUUUUAUUUUAUUUUAUUUUUGGUCAAGAGCCAAGACACAGGUAAUGCACCACAUUGUUUUGCUGCAUUUUACCUUCAAAACAUUUGUCCUUACUGCCCGGGUCUCCUUCAUUCAUGCACACAUGUCACUAGAAUGCAGGUGGAAGAGACUCUGUGAACGUCCGGGGUCUAUUCUUGGACGCGUGUUGCUUCUUUAUUGUAAGCGAACCCUCGUUGAAUUCACGUAGGACUUACUCCCUUUUAAAGAAGUCAUUGCCCCUGUCUGGCUGGGCAUCAUAUUUUUGGAAGGAGGCAUAGAUUCUCAGUUAUCCUAUUUUUAAAUAAAAUGUAGACAAAGUGAAUCUAUUUUGAUUAUGGAGAAAGGCAUAGUUUUCUACCCCUCUAAGCAUAUACUUGAAUCAGACAUUUCAAAGAUGUCACAUUAUAGCACUGUAGUCCUUUCCAAAUUCCUGGAGAAAGUUUUCACCUUAAAAAAAAUUCUCCCAAGGCGUUAUUUCUCCCUUUGCUUCCUUUCUUCCCUACAAACUCCCAUCCCAAACCUUGAUGUUUAUUUCAUGAGCUGUACCCAACCCUCCCUCCCCCGCCCCAAAUUGUGUUACCCUUGAAAAUAACAAAUGUCAGUUCAUAUUGUAUGAUAAGCCCCUUGGUAAAGGCAAGAAACGUGUCCUGACUAGUAGAGUGGGUUCUUUUUCACUCUGUGUACUAACGUUAAGGUGGGGAAACAAGUGUUGCAUUCCCAUCCCCUCACUCCCAACUAGAAUCUCUUUUCUAGUGACAUUGGGUUCAGCUCUGCCCUCCGGCGAGUUGCACAAGCCGGGCCUCAGACAAUCAUGAUAGUUCCUAUUUUCCCGUUUGCCGUCCUUUUGUACCUAAAGUCUUCCUAUUGUACUGCACAAACCAUGGAUUGUACAUAUUUUUAUAUAUUAUGUCUUAUUUUAUUAUUUCUAAAUAAAAACGUAAAUGUUGAACACAAA